AUGACCAAACUUUAUAAGAAAUCUUCAUACGAAUACAUCUCCAGUUUGAGACCAAAAUUCCAAGCAAGGGUUGACGUUUCAUCCAUUAGAAAAUCCUUUGCCUUCAGCAAUAAGAUUGUACCAAAUAAGGAUGAUAAUACUCUUGGUACUAGCAUCAUUUACUCUCAAGGUAGUGACAUUUACGAAAUUGAUUGUACCAUCCCAAUUGAAUCAAAAAAGGAGCCAAAGCCAGAGUCCGAGUACGGCGACGCGUUCACUGGUGUUGAAGGUAAACCAUUAGCUCCAAAAUGGGUCUACCAAGGUGAAACCGUUUCCAAGAUUAGUUACCUUGGUUCUGGUUACGACACUACAGUUCUUGUCAUGUCUCAAAACGGUUCCUUAGGUUGGUUCAAAGACGGUAUUAAGGUUCCAUUCCAUAUUGUCCAAGAAAUGAUGGGUCCAGCUACUUCCUACUCAGCCAUCCAUUCUCAUGUUAGACCAGGUGAUUUAGCCGUCUCGGAUUUUUCUCUAUCUUUCGAUAACGAGACCAUUGUCAAAUCUCAAAGUAAUGGUACCGAAGAAGAAAGUAUCUUGAAAAUUGUCGAUAAUGCUGGUAAACCAAGUGAAAUCUUGAGAACUAUCCGUGUUCCAGGAACUAACAUUACUCACACUGUCAGAUUUUUUGACAACCAUCUAUUUGCAUCUUGUUCUGACGAUAACGUCCUAAGAUUCUGGGAUGUUAGAACAGGUGACAAGCCUCUAUUCAUCUUAAGUGACCCACAAAACGGUAGAUUAACGGCAUUCGAUUCCUCUACUGUCACUAAUAACUUAUUUGUGACCGGUUUCUCAACAGGUAUCGUCAAAUUAUGGGAUGUUCGUGCUGUUGAAACUGCUACUACCGAUUUGACUAACAGGCAAAAUGGUGAAGAUCCAAUUCAAAAGGAAAUUGCUAAUUUCUACCACUCCGGUGGUGACACUGUUGCUGAUGUCCAAUUUUCAUACACUUCUCCAUACGAUGUUGUCACCGUUGGUGGUUCGGGCAACAUCUACCACUGGGAUAUGGAAUAUGCUAUGUCUAAUUAUGAUGAAGCUGAUUUAGGUAACUUGCCACAAGAAGCUUCUGAAGAAUUACAAGCACAAACCUUGAAGUUCUUACACACCGGGGGUAGCAGAAGAACCGCUCAACAAAAGGGUUUCAGAAACACAGUCGCUUACCAUCCAGUUGUUGAUGGUUUAGUUGGUAACGUCGAUGAUGAUGGUCUAAUUUCUAUUUACAAGCCAUUCACUGUCAAUUCAGAAUAA